UUAGCAAAGAAAAAAAUGUUGUACUUCUGAUUCUCCAGUUUCAGAGUCAAACAAACACGAUGCAUAAACAGCAAAAGAAUCAGUGGAGUAAAUCUAAUCCAAGAACUUCUACAAUUUUUCAUCAUUACUAUGUUUAUAAAGUACGGAGUAUUAACAUACUGCUUAAAUAUAAUAGAGUCUACCAAAUAGAUCCUUUUCCAAAAGAGAUUAUGGAAGAAGCAGUAUAUGUCAAGAGUAACAUGGUUGAAUUAAUGCAUCUCCGGAUCUACAACUUGGAACUGAUUCAUGCAUUAACCUUUGGAGUCCACCCAACAAUCAUAUAAUCAUCUUUUGGAGGCAUAAUUUCUGGAAGACUCUAGCAAAGACCGACUUCAAAAAUUAUGCACAUGAGCCACUUGAAGGUGGUCUAACUUCAGUGCCAAACUCAAAUUAGCAUAGCUGAUACUCUCAUCGUUGAAAAAUAGUCCAUUUUUGUUAAGAUGUUCAUCAAAUGCCUCUAGCUCUUCCGCCAGAGACUGUUCCGUACCAGCCGCCACAGCUAGGUGUGCACUAACGAUCUCGAUUUUGUCAAACCAUAUAUCGUGAAAUUCGCCCUAUUCACUACUUGCAAUAGCCGACAUCUCAACUGCUUUCUCCGUUUUGUUGGAAUCGGUCAAUUUGCACACAUAGUAAAGAGAAGAAUGGGUGAGAAAAGAGAAAGAGGCAUAUAUACCUGGGGACAUCCGCGAUGGAGAAGGAACGAUGACGACAGUUCGCGGACAAGAAGAUUAGAAGAAAGAAGAAGCAGAAGCAGAAGACCAGAGGAGAUCUAGCGGCGGAGGAGGUGGUGUAGCGGCGGAGGCUGUUGGCGCUGUCGAGGUGUCGUGGCGGUGGAACUGAACCCGUCGACUUCGAGCGGAGAGCUGGUCUUUUUAGUUAACUAAGGGUGUUUUAGUCUCAUCACUACUUUUCCGUCACUUUUU